AUGGACGUUAGCAUUCAGAUGGAAGAGACACUUAAAGGUUUCAAUGUGUCUAUCUGCUACAGUUUGUAUUAUCAAUUCAAUUCAUUUGUCCACCGAACUAAAAAACAAAUCUUCUGUACUUUAAUUUCUAGUGACGAAUGCCUUGACCUUCAAACUCAGAAGAAAAAUGUAACUCACCUGGAAGUCUUUGAAGCUUCUCGUGGUAGUAGAAAGAAUCCUAGCAGUAGAGAAGUACUUAAAGCAAUCAUUUGCAUUCAAAGAUAUGUGAGAGGGUAGCUUGAACACAGGGCAUUCAAGAGAGUAAAGAUUAAGAUGAUGUCUCGAUUUCAUGGACCAUCCCUACCAGCAGUUGUAAGGUACUACUGUAAAAUGAUAGCCAGCAUUAAAUGUCAAGCUGGUGUUUUGGAUUUCUCUACACCACUUCGAUAUUUUGAAUUAGAGGAGUGGAUGGACAAGAAAAAAUUUUAUGAAACAAUGUUUUCCAAGAGAGAAUUUGACAAAAAGAUGGACAGAAGUGAUCUGCCUGAAUUUUUGAGAGAUGGAUAUUCAAUACCUGCUAGUGGAAUACAGCAUGUCUUCCAGUUGCUAUUUCCCUGUUCCACUGCUGCUGUAAGAAGCAUCAAAAAGCAUCAAACAAUUGAAAUGGCUUUCACAUUAUUUCCUCCUCUUGGUGCAAAAGUGAAGAACCUAAUUACAGUGCCACUACCAUGGGUGCACACUCUCAUGGAUCGAAAAGAUGGAUCCAAGAAAUUAGGUAAAAAUUUCAACCUCACAGAAGGAUAUUAA